AUGUUCGACCUGGCCAAGGAUCCAGGCGGCCGGCAGCAUCUCUGGACCUGGUGCUUGGAGGCAGGUCGCCUUGAAUUGGCUGUAGCCAAUAAUUAUUUCUUGUUGGAGCUUUCCUUAGCCACCAAGACUCGCCGCCCACAGCUGUCGUGCGUCCGUCAACCCCAGGCAGCCAUUUCUGUCCCCCGUUUUGACGGUUGCCUGCUACGCAACGCCAUUCAAGAGUGGCCCCCUCCCCGGCACACAGACCACACCACCUCGAUCCCUGCCGAAUUACAGUCCACAACAAAACACCAUACAACCGUCAUUCUGCGCGACGACGAGCACAAGAUGUCGUCAUUCUCAGGAUCCGGCCCUUUCGGCACUUCCACCUCCCAGUCGCAGGGAAAUCCCUCACAAGCAUCGCAGCCGACGAGCAAAUCAGGAGAUGGCAUGUCUUCUGGCACUGCGGCACUCCAGACCAGCAACAAUUACCUUCAGGACAAGGACCUCAACUGGUGGCUGACGUUCGCCCGAACAUUCAAGAGCGCCGUCAAGACACCGCUGCCCGACGAAGAUUCUGACCUUUAG